CCAGCAAAGACACGAGGACGAGCGACCCGCCUGUCACGACCACAACCUCACCAGAUUAAACGCGGCGCUGUUCGAAAAUCUCCUGUCACCUGGCCCUGAUGUUCUUCUUUUGCUAGACGGUGAUGCCGCUCUCCGAAGACAAAGCAAAAGGCGCCUACACACCCCUCGACGCCGACGAAAGGGGCAAUGUGGACAGCCAUCUGGAAAGAGAACGCAAUGACUUGCACCGGAAGCGACUGAUUACCGAGAUUAUUAUUGCACUGCUUCUCUUCAUCCUUGUGGCCGUCCUAUCCUUCAAGCCCGGACAAAAGCAACUUCAUUACGGCAACGAUCCCCACGUAUCUUCUGGACCCUUUGACCAACGUCGCCAAUACGGCCGUGAUCCCGAUUAUUUCUCAUUCAGUCACGAUUAUGACUACCUUUGGUCCGAUUACCUUCUCGAAGUACCACCACCAAACAGCACUGGGGGGGUCAUCUUCCGAUUAACGAACGGUUCAGUCUCUAUGUUGCACCAGCUCCAUUGUCUAGCUGGCAUACGACGUGCAAUCCAGCAGUUAGGCGAGGGCGCCAUAGAUCUGGCGGCGUUGCAGAAAACCCCGCAUGCACCACACUGCUUUGACUAUCUUCGGCAGGUUAUCCUAUGUUAUGCUGACGACUGGAUCGAGCGUCCAAGGCUCCCAGAUGGCACCCUUCGCGGAGCAGGUAAUAUUGAAGGAGCUUGGGAUUAUCGCAUGUGUAGGAGUAGCGAUAAGAUCUUUGCUAUUGGGGCUCAAUGAUUCGAUAUAGAACAAC